GUGCUUCCUUGCGCUGCCGCGGCCUCCUCGCAUGAUAGAUACUAAUUUGUGACCUUGUUUUUCUGGUAAGGUUUGUGUGAGCGGAAUGAGAACGACCAGUGCUGCAGAUGACCUCUGUGUAAAAGCUCUUUCCUCUGGAGACUCUGCCUGGAUAUGAGGUACUGACGGAAACAGAGCAUCGUGCUUGGCUGCUCACCGUGCCCUUCCACUGUAAAUAAUGGAGACCAAGGAAGAGAAGAAGGAACGGCGACAGGGCUAUUUUGCUCGUUUGAAAAAGAAAAGGCAAGUCAAACAGACCACCGAGACUGUCUCUGCCAAUUCCCCUGGAUCUCCUGAGUCCAAAACACCUUCUGAGAAAGAUGAUGAAAGUAAAGUUGUUUUGGAGCAAAUCAGUUCCUCUGAAGACAACUGUAAAUUUCCUGGGGAAAAGGAAACUGCUCCAGACAAGGAAAAGAAAAAGAAAAAGUACAAUCAACUGAAAGACAUCAGACGCACGGAACUUAAAAGAUACUAUAGUACUGAUGACAAUCAGAACAAAACCAAUGAAAAGAAAGAGAAGAAAAUGGUUUCUCAGAAGCCCCAUGGUACCAUAGAAUAUACAGCUGGAAAUCAGGACACCAUAAACAGCAUAGCAUUAAAGUUCAACGUCACCCCAAACAAGCUUGUGGAGCUCAAUAAGCUUUUCACACAGACAAUUGUGCCAGGCCAGAUUCUCUUUGUGCCAGAUACAAGUGCUGGGAGGCUGUCUUCUAGUCCUGGUGCUCCUGUUUCUCCUUCAUCAUCAGAUGCUGAAUAUGAUAAACUCCCUGAUGCUGAUUUGGCAAGAAAGGCUUUCAAACCAGUGGAGAGAGUCCUGUCCUCUACUUCAGAAGAGGAUGAGCCUGUGGUUGUCAAAUUUUUAAAAAUGAAUUGUCGUUACUUCACAGAUGGUAAGGGUGUCGUUGGAGGAGUCAUGAUUGUAACUCCAAACAAUAUCAUGUUUGACCCACAUAAGUCUGAUCCUCUGGUAAUUGAGAAUGGCUGUGAAGAAUAUGGGCUCAUCUGCCCCAUGGAGGAGGUUGUCUCAAUAGCUCUCUACAAUGACAUUUCUCACAUGAAGAUAAAGGAUGCAUUGCCAUCUGACAUACCAAAGGAUCUUUGUCCUCUGUACAGGCCAGGAGAAUGGGAAGACCUGUCCUCUGAGAAAGAUAUCAAUCCUUUCAGCAAAUUCAAAUCCCUUAGCAAGGAAAAGAGGCAGCAGAAUGGAGAUACAUCUAUUGCUCUGGGUGCCAAACAGAUAAAGCCUUCAGAUAAGGAAACGUCUGCUGAUUUUGAAGUUCUUCAGUCAUCGGAGAGUACAGGCUCAAUCAAAUUAAAGUCUCUGGAGUUUCCCAACAACAUCACUGCCACUGAACAUUUGGAAAAGUUUGAUGCAGAUGCGUGUACCAAGGACCCUUCCAGGGAAAAAAAUGCUUCAGAUACCAAAACCAAAGAAAAAUCCCUUCUAGGAGAAGGAGAGAAUGGCUUCACUGAGCUGGAAAAGACAUCAUCUCGUAUGGAUAGAGGAUUGGACAGAAAAAUCUCAGUAAUGGAAGGCUUGCUGGCUGACCCUAGGGACUUGGGGAGAACUAAGCAGCAGGUAACCAAACCUACUACAGAAGUCCAGGAGCACUUGACUGUUGAUUCCUUGGAAAAAAAGGACAGUGUUGAACCUAAAGCUGACUUAGACUUAGAGCUGUGUGAAAAGCAAGAUGUUAUUCCAGAAGUAAACAAAUGUGUCAGUACCCCGACAGGUAAGGUGGAGACUGAAUUGGACACUAAGAAAGAGCUAGAGAAAGAUAAACUUAUUGAAUUUUACCUCAAUAAAGAUGGAAAUGGGUCUCAGUCAUCUGAAGACUUACACAAGGCUGAAAUCCAGAAAGGUGAAAACAAUAAAGCAAUUGGCAUAGACCUUACACUUAGCUGUUCAAAGUCCCAAGCUAAUGAAGUCCAUACAGUUAAAAGUAUGGAGCUUGAUUCCUGCUGUGUUGAAAGGAAAGCACCUUCAUUAGAAAUCAGCUCAGCAGCAGCAGAGGAAAAGGAUCUGAAAGAGUCUGUGGACUCUUCAUUAGUACCAGCUGUAGACAAGACCUGUCAAGAAACACAGUUAGACAAUCAAUCAGAAAUCAGACUGUGGCUGCUGCAGAAAAUUCAAGUGCCAAUUGAAGAUAUGCUUCCUUCAAAAGAGGAGAAGAGCAAGACUCCUCCAAUGUUUCUGUGCAUUAAAGUAGGCAAGCCCAUGAGAAAGUCCUUUGUGUCUCAGAGCAUGACUAUGUCUCAACAGUACAGUAAAAAGAAAAAGCAGCCAGAGUACUGGUUUGCUGUUCCUCGGGAAAGGGUGGAUCACUUGUACACAUUUUUUGUUCAGUGGUCACCAGAAAUAUAUGGGAAAGAUGCCAAAGAGCAAGGUUUUGUUGUGGUAGAAAAGGAGGAGCUUGACAUGAUUGACAACUUCUUUAGUGAGCCCACUACUAAAAGCUGGGAGAUCAUUACUGUAGAAGAAGCUAAACGACGAAAGAGCGUUUGCAGUUACUAUGAAGAGGAAGAAGAUGAUGAUACUUUGCCUAUCUUAAAGCAUCACAGCGCUCUCCUGGAGAACAUGCACAUAGAGCAGCUUGCCCGGCGCCUGCCGGCGCGGGUGCAGGGCUACCCGUGGCAGCUGGCAUACAGCACGCUGGAGCACGGCACCAGCCUCAAGACGCUGUACCGCAGGUCGGCCUCUCUCGACAGCCCCGUUCUCCUGGUCAUCAAGGACAUGGACAACCAGAUAUUUGGAGCAUAUGCUACACACCCCUUCAGGUUUAGUGACCAUUACUAUGGCACUGGUGAAACAUUUCUCUACACAUUCAGUCCACAUUUCAAGGUAUUUAAAUGGAGUGGAGAAAACACCUACUUCAUCAAUGGAGACACUACCUCUCUGGAGCUUGGAGGUGGAGGUGGCCGGUUUGGUUUAUGGUUAGAUGCAGAUUUGUAUCAUGGGCGAAGCAACUCCUGCAGCACCUUCAAUAACGACAUCUUAACUAAGAAAGAAGAUUUCAUAAUACAAGAUGUAGAGGUAUGGACAUUUGAGUGAAACACUGACUGCCUUAAGGACUGGAUCCAUUAGGCACUUAAAAGCUGUCCAGAAGGUGCAGGCUGCCUCACAAUGUUACACGCUUUUUUCUCAAGUUUGUACCAGAGCAUGACUACGCAAAAAAAACCAACCAAACAACCCAAGAAUAAAAGAAUUGGUUUUGAGAGGCAGUAAGAGACAGAACAGUAAGAGAUCACUCUGAAGUGUUUUUUACUUCCUCUUCAGUACUCUUCCAUUGAAGAUACAAUGCUUAUGAAAAUGUUCAUGAUGUAUAAGUUGAAAACUUUUUAUGUAACUGUGAAAAAGAUCCUGUGGAAGAACUAUAACUGUCUAGUACAUUCCAUGUGUAUUUAUGUUCAACAUGCAAAUGCUGACCAAAAAUAAAAGGUUACUUUACCAAAA